UAAAAAUGGUUAAGAUCGAUGAUGCGAACAAUUAUUUGUUCCAAAUUGCUUAUGGAUUCCAACUCCUAGCACUCAUUCAGGCACAUGGAAAGAUAGGAAUGAUUGGGCUAUUGAUGUAUGUAUGCAGCAUCAUAGCAUCAACAUUCUUCAUACUCUGGGCGGUUUUGGAGUUAGACAUUGCGGGAGGUGUACUUUUGUGGAACGCUGGAAUAAUCUUCUUCAACUUAAUUGCGAUAUUGAUCAUCCUUAUCAGAUGUUGAGGUAGGAAUAAACUCUCGUCUGAAUAUAAACAGAUCUAUCAGGAUCACUUCCAAGAAUAUCUUACCAAGCCCCAGUUCAAGAAACUGAUGAGCUAUGCAGGCCAAAGAGAGAGGAACGAUUCUGACGAGGUUAUCAUUGAAGAAAACCAACAGUUUAGAUAUCUCUAUUUUGUUAGUUACAAAGGCAAGAAAUCCGAUCUUUCCGUACUCCAUGAGGGCAACUUCAUAAGAGAAGUUGAGGAAGGGGACUUUCUAUGUAUGUACGAAUGUCAUCACUACCUUCUUGAACAGAAACUUAAGGCAGAAGCCGGUGAGAAACUUGCUGAAAGAGCUGAUGAUUAUCGCGAACAACAGACAACCACUUUUAGUGUCCGUUUAAACGGUGGUGAAAGAGAUGACAGUCGAGUUACAUUUUAUAAAUGGAAAAAAGAUGAUCUUAGAAACCUCAACAACACUCCUGAAGGCAGGGAAAUAUUCAACGCUGUUUACUCCAAGUGGCUGGUUCAAACAAUUGGCACUCCUGCUGAGGAUGGCCAAGACAUUUAACCUAGAUGCAAUAUAAUUUUCAACG